UUGGAGUAUCAAACUGUUAAGUGAAAUUGAUUAUAUCAAAACUAUCAUGUUUCUUAUCUGAUAUUUGACUAAAUAAUGAGGGGACUAGAUAUAGCACUUGCUCAAGUUGUGUUAUCAGCUUCUUCUGGAUAUUCCCUGUACUGGGGAAGUGAUUUGAAAUUUGUCAGAAUAGCAUUUGGACUUUGCCUUAUAAAUGGUGUUGUAGGGAUCCUAGAUUAUGGCCUGUCCAUAAAGAGAAGGAUUACAAGAGUACGGGAACUACGAGAUUAUGUGGAUUUCCUUGACAGAGUUUCAAGGAAAUCCUAUACACCCCUUGUUGCUGCAGAGGCUUUAGUCUUUAUUGGACAUGACAAGAAGUCCUCCUUAUCCAUACUGGUGUAUCCUUUCUUAUACAUUGUGCUGACAGAGCUUCUAGAAGAAAGAGUUAACCAAGAUAAAAAUAUAGUUUUCGUUUUCAAUUUGAAUUCAAUCUGCUACUCUAUUUUGCUGUCAAAGGAUUAUUUGUUUGGAGGAACUAUGUUGCUACUCAACAUGGCAGCUUUCUGGAUGAAACAACACAGCAGAACAAAAUACUUUCUAACAAUAGGAGUUGCCAACUUAGCAGCACUACAGUAUUUUAAACAACUAUUUGAUUAGACUGAGAAAGGUAAUAGAAUAGCAUUAUCUAGAUUUUUCCAGUACUGUUUGUUAAUCAUUCCUAAGAAUUUCUUUCUGAUAAAAUUAAACA